GCGUGCACGCUGUCAGUCAAAUUGCAUCAAGAUGGCCGCCUCCAGUGCAGUGCUCUCAAUGUCCAAAAUCAUCAAACCCAUUUGGGGUGGACGGUUGGCAGCGACGGCAAAAGUUUUUGGAGCCACAGUGAGCAGUCGCAGAGAGAAGUCAACAGUAGGACAAAUCAUUCCCCCUCCUGCAAAGUAUGGUGGCAGACACACUGUAACUCUCAUACCUGGAGAUGGUAUUGGACCAGAACUUCUCAAUCACGUCAGGGAGCUCUUCAGGUUCAGCUGUGUGCCUGUGGACUUUGAGGUAGUGAACGUUUGCUCAGCUACUGAGGAUGACAUCAACAACGCCAUCACUGCCAUCCGCCGUAAUGGAGUGGCCCUCAAAGGUAACAUUGAAACCCUCCACACCCUGCCUGCUUCCCACAAGUCCAGAAACAACCUCCUCCGUACCACUUUGGACCUGUAUGCCAACGUCAUGCACUGUAAGUCCCUCCCUGGAGUCCAGACUCGUCACAACAACAUUGACAUCAUGAUCAUCAGGGAGAACACUGAGGGAGAGUACAGCAGUCUGGAGCAUGAGAGUGUAUCAGGGGUGGUGGAGUGUCUCAAGAUCAUCACCCGGACUAACUCCCUAAGAAUCGCUGAGUAUGCCUUUAAAUUGGCCCGGGAGAAAGGUCGCAAGAGGGUCACUGCCGUCCAUAAGGCCAACAUCAUGAAGCUGGGAGAUGGUCUGUUCCUGCAGUGCUGUAGAGAGGUGGCUGCUGGGUACCCUGACAUUGCCUUUGACGCCAUGAUAGUCGACAACACCACCAUGCAGCUGGUGUCCAAACCCCAGCAGUUUGAUGUGAUGGUGAUGCCCAACCUGUAUGGGAACGUGGUCAGCAACGUGUGUGCUGGCCUGGUGGGAGGGCCAGGGCUGGUGCCAGGGGCUAACUACGGCCGCGACUAUGCUGUCUUCGAAACGGCCACCAGGAACACAGGGAAGAGUAUUGCUGACAGGAACAUUGCUAACCCCACUGCCAUGCUACUGGCCAGCUGCAUGAUGCUGGACCACCUCAAGCUCCAUGAUUAUGCCACUAUGAUCAGGAAUGCAGUCCUGACAACCAUGAACGAGACUCAGUUGCACACAGCUGACAUUGGUGGGCAGGGCACCACCUCUGAGGUGGUCCAGGCUAUCAUGAGGAACAUCCAGAGCAAGGGGCCUCUCACCAGCGAGCUCUGAACACACACACUUUGUGGAUGUGUCUCGUAUGUUUAAAACAGCUGUAAUGUACUGUAUGUGUGUGCUGAGUGAGUGGGGGAGUCUUUGUGCAUGUUUGUUUCUAUAGUGAUACUCCUCAGUGUUGUUGACGUGUGGGAGCGGUUCAGUCCUGUCUUUACACACACACACACACACACACACACACACACACACACACACACACACACACACACACCUCUUUCAGACUAGCAGAGUGUAUUCAUCAGUUGUCUUCUCCUUUGUAUUCAUGUCUGUAUCAAUGAUUACGUUUAAUUUCACACCAGUCUGUCUUUCCAUAACCAUUCCCUGGCCGGUUCACGCACAUUAACCUUUGUGCAUAAACAAAGGAAGUAGUAGGCCCAAACUCUACAUCAGUAAUAGCAUGCUGUAGUGAAGAAGUAAAAGCAAGGAUCUAUCUCUUAGGUUUAACUCCAGGACAUGAUAGCUACUCUCUGCAUCCUACAAGCCAGCACAUAAUAGCUAGAUUGCAACACAUUCAGCUCCACUUGAGACAUUGGCUUUGUUUGAUUGUAUUUAAGCAACCGUUCUUGGGUACAUGGGAUCACUGUAGUCAUUUGUGAGAGUUGAACCGGUUUUAGUAUUUUCUCACAGUACAAAUUACAAAGAAAGAGUGUAAACAGUUAUGUUUCUCACAGUACUGCAAUCUUGAUAAUAAAUGUUUUGAUGUUCUUCUCACAGUCCAGCAGUGCUUAGCCUUGGGUCUCUGUCUUUCUGUUAUCAUCUUUAUCAGAUGCUGCUCGUCUUUCCCAAAAUCAAAUCAAAUGAUUUACCAAUGUCUUUUCUGUGGUCUUUAGAUCAAUUCACCCCCUUUUAUUGAUAAGGUUUUUGUUUUACUGUUCUAUUUCACUUUUAUCUGUUACAUAUGUUCUAUAACAACGGUGUCUUCAUUCGAACAACUCAGAACUGUACACUGAAAUGCCAUUAUUAUAUACUUUGUCAAACA